CGCCCUGUGUUCAGACAGUCCGAGGUCUCUCCUCUACGAACCACGUGAACACAGCGAGAAGUACAGACGUGUCGAUAUGGCCGCCUCACGAUCACCUCGUCUCACAAUCGUGAUGCUACUGGCUCUCACCUGUGUGGCGACUGUCACCUUGGGUGCGCCUAGUGAGAACGGAAACAGCUCUGUUGCUCGUCCGAGUAAAGCUGCUAAGGCUCCCUCCGGUGGCUGUCCUGUGGAUAAAGGUUACGAGCUUUAUGACAAUCGUUGUCUGAAGCUGUACACUGAGAGUCAAGACUACCAGACUGCCAGAGCGCGCUGUGAAGCUGAUGGAGCUCAUCUCUUUCACUUCAAGUCACGUGAUCAGGAUAGCCCGGCCUUGGUUCAUCUGUUGACCACGAGGGGUGAAGUGCUCCAGGGAAUAUCACACGGUUUAUGGGUUGGAGCAACUGACAUUGAAGUGGAGGGACAGUUUGUGUGGAGUGACGGCACCUCUGUGCCGACAAAUACCGGACUCUGGGGCGACACUCAACCGGACAACUAUUUGAACAACGAGGACUGUGCUGAUGUCGGCAUCUCAAACGGUAUCAUGCUCAACGACCUUCCCUGCUCUUCGAAGCUGAAGUACGUCUGUCAGGUAGACAUCAACAAGCAGUGAAUGACAAAUAAUGAGCUGUCAACACUGUACGUUAGUAACGGUCAGUCCGCUGGUCUCAGUCUCCUUCUACUUUAACCAUGCCAUACUGGUCAUGUUAAAAUUUGACGAAAUAAAGAAAUAUU